CCCAGAGCUCACUGUGUCGUCUACCCUUAACGGGUGCAGUUCGUUCUGGUCUUGAAUCGUGCGCGAAUUUAUUUUCUAAGGCCCUCCGCUGGCUGGCCAUCGAUUUUGUGCAGAAAAGCCCAGAGUUUUUCCCCAACGAAUAGUUGCCCAAAAAAAAAAUCACACAAAGCGCAGCCAAGUAAAUCAACUAACAAGUCCCAAAUAAAACAAUUUGUUUUAAGUGGCAAGCUAUAAAUUAUUAAUAAAAUACUUUCCCCGCAAAAAAGGAGUGCAGAAAUUUUCGCUGUUAUACAGAAAGCCAGACCCCUACAUAUACACAUAUAUGGAAACCUAUAUAUAUAUAAUCAAGAAUCUUUUAACUAAGUCCAAAAGAAGCUACGCGAAUGUGCGCUUUUGGUUACCUCUUGUUUUUCGCCCUAUUGUUAACAACAAUUCUGGUGCUGUCCAUCAUUUUUGCCACCACCUCCAAGCGAUCCAUGCUGGAUAGUUUCAUACUAGUAUUCAAUUACACACAAGAAGAACAGCCAGACCAAGAAAUGCAGCAGCAACAACAAACGGACUACUAUCAGCAACAACCACAAAUGUUUUUAAAACAGAAAAUAUUUUGAGUUCUUUAAGUUGUAUGAGAAAAGCCCGAUAAAAAUAAAUAAAACGAAACGAAACGGAAAAUCAAUUGGACUUUAGUGUACGCGAGUAAAAGAAUUUCCUUCUUGGUCAAGUGAAAGAACUACAAGAAAAUAAAUAGAUUAAAUAUAAAGUGGCAGCUAAAAAAAUACAAUUGGAUCAAAGCGAAAUUCAUAAAAAAUAGUAAUAAAGUGCGUUUAAAAAAGUGUUACAAAAACAACUCGCCUUUUUGGGCUAUAAUGAACUUAAAGGAUUCUGUUACCCUAUAAGCUAGCAAUUGUUUGACCGUAAUUAAAG